AUGUCGAGCGCCCGCGCGCGCGGCGCGGACCCCGCCGCGGCGUCCGCGCUCGACGGCGUCCUCGCCGACGGCGCGCGCGGCGCCGUCAGCGGGCUCGCGGCGCGUUUCUUGACGCACCCCAUGGACACGCUCAAGGCGCGCGCGCAAGUCCGAGGCGCGCGCGGCGCCGUCGCGCGCGCCGAGGGCGGACGAACGCGCGCGGUGGGAUUAUAUAAAGGAUUCGGCGCCGUCGCGGCGCUCGCGCCGCUCGCGAGCGGGGCGUACUUCGUCGGGUACGAGAGCGGGACGCGAUGGUUCGGGACGAGCGCGAGCGCGAGCGCGGCGACGGGGAUGUGGGCGCAAGCGCUCGCGGGAGUGGUGUACACGCCGAUGGACGUGAUAAAGGAAAGAUUGCAGACGCAAGACGUGCUGGGCGAACGCGCGAGGAUGGGACGGUAUAGACAUUGGGUGGACGCGGCGCGCGUCAUCGCGCGAGAGGAGGGCGCGCGGGGACUGUUUCGGGGAUACUGGGCGCAGAAUUUCGUGUGGUGGCCGUGGUCGGCGGCGUACUUUGCGAUAUACGAACGAUCGCGCGUUGCGUUGGAGUCGAGCGGUGGUGAGGCGUCGCCGAUGGUGAGCGCGGUGAGCGCGACGGCGGCGGCGACGGCGGCGACGACGCUCACGCACCCGCUCGAUUUGGCCAAGACGCGCUUGCAGACGAUGCGGUUCGAGACGACGACGUCGGCGUCGUUGCGUGAGGUGUUACGAGACGUGUUUAAGCGCGAAGGCGCGCGUGGAUUGUUCGCGGGCGCGGGCGCGCGCGUCGCCGCGGUCGCGCCCGGUUCCGCGAUUUCCUUUGGCGUUUACGAGACGCUCAAGCAGUCGGGAUGGUGA